ACAAACAUUUCUUCGCAAUGGACGUACAAAUCUUCCUUAAAGUCCUUUGCGACAAAGGCACCCGCCCACCAUUCAACUAUUCCGAAAGGUAUAUUCGAAACACAUUCUUUGUUUACAUCGAAGAGGGAAAUCGCCUUGAAGGAGCUUCGUUAGAACAAGAAGCCGAGGCAGUAAGUCUCUGGACUUGGGAAGAUUUGUUCGGAAAAGAACCGUAUCCGGAACCGACAUGGUUGGCUAAGAGGGGACGUCGUUCCUCUGGACCGAAGCUGGAAAAGAAGACCGGCAUGCCAUCUUCUGUCGCUGUGCCGAGGAAUCCUUCGUGGAUGUCGAGGGUAGAGGUUUUGAAGACUGGGAUGGGUGUAUGGCAUUAUUUGGGCCUUGUGAGUAUGGGAGUGCUUUUGGGUGGAAUUUCUAGAAGUUCUCGUGUGAGAGGUUUCGUUGGUCAGUGGGUUAAUUGGGGAUUUGUCUACAAAAGUGUUUACAAUUUGAUGCUCUCCAAGGCAAUCAGCUACGGCUAUGUUGAACAACAAGUCCUUGCUAUCCUAACUGAAAGUCAUGAUCGGGUCGAACUGAGCAUGUUCAAAAAUAUUCCAGAUGCCGAGAGAUAUUGGAUGGCAGAGCGAUGGACCUGGGAGACACUUUUUGCCGAUGAGUUGGCUGAAUUUCCAGGAGAGAAACCCGAAUGGAAGAGAGUGACCAAUUAUUUGAAGCACAAAUCACCCGUGGCUGGGGAAACACCGGAAAACGCUCAAGUCGAAGCCAGUGAUUCAUCCACAUCGCCAAAUCCCAAACUUAGAAAUUGCCUUGCUACGCGACCACAGAUCCUGGGCGACAAGACCUCUGAAGUUAAAGCUUCUGUGCCAAAAAGAAUUAUUUGCGUCGAUGCAUCUCCCGAGGUAUCUAGCGGCAAGCAAGCUCCAAAAUCAGCAACCAAACUGCCAUCAACUUCACCAACAUCGUCUCCAUCAGAGAGGGAGUCAAACAAACGACAGAAGCUCAUAGAAAACUCUGAACUCGCCAAUAAGAAGGAUCCCAAUCUUCCCGGAGGAAUCUCAACCACAGACUCUCCACUUACUGAUCGAAAACGCUAG